UCCUCCCUCCUCCUUCCUCCUCCUUCUCUUCCUCCCAUCCAGAUUAUCGAAAUCGUCGCCGUCGCCGAGUGAUUUCCAUCGCUUCCCAGUUGAAGAUUCAAUCAUGGGCUCGAUCGCCGGAGAAGACACCGCUUGGCACGGCAUCGCAACGAGCUGGACCGUCUCAGCCGGCCGUCUGGCCGACUCAGUGACCGUCGAAUCGCCUCUUUCUCCGAUCGAUGAUGGCGCGGCCGGCUCCGCUCCUAAAACCCCUCUCCCGCUGCGCCCUCCGUCGCCCGAUCUCAGCCCCUGCGAAAUCACUAUUAGUUUCGCUCAGAGACGCGAGGUGCGCCGAGUCUAUGUCCGAAGCACUGCUCGAGUUUAUGAGAUUUACUAAGACGGCCAAUGAGUAUCUCUGUAAAGUUCGAUGUGGCAUUGUCAAAAGGGACGGGGUUCGUGACGAGGAUGUCCCUCAAGCAGCUAAUCUUGCUUCUCAUGGGGACUCUGUGGAUGAGCUUGCCGAAGGAAGAUCCAAAGUGAGAUCAAUUCGAAUGCUGGUGAAGACGACUGGGUUGAAGUGAAGGCGUCCAGCACUUCAUUUGAAACAAACACAAAUGUCGCUGCGUCUUUGAAGUCCUCUGUCAAAAUGGUUAUAGACUUCUCUCUUGUGGAUGUAGAUAUGGCUUCCUCCCCUUUCUCAUUUUAUGGUCUCAUAUCCUAUAGUUGAUUCUGAGCUAUGCGUGUGUCGUAUUUGUUGAGACCUCAAGGUGAUUCACGGUUGUUAUGCUUGUACGGUAGGCAAGACAUAUGUAGGACCUGAAGGUGCUUGGAGUGCUUAUGAGAUUGUAUGUGGAUCCAAAUUUGGAAAUAGGAGGCAGCCUUAACUUUGAAAAAGGAAAGAACAGAAAACAAUGGAUGGAAUUUUGUCGGCAUAUCAAAGGAAGAGUCGGCUCGACUUUCUGAAAUUAGAUAUCACUGUUGGAGACAAUCACACUUUUAUUUUUCUCCUUUGCUCUUCUUUUUUUAUGCUGAUUAAAUCUUGUUCAGGAUUUUUACGAGGCAACAGCUGAGAUUACCAGUGCAAACCCCUGCAAGUUUCUCAUGAUUCGUCUUUUCUCAUUUCAAAGUGGAGAUUGCGUCUAUAUAUAUGUGGGACCAGAGCUUCAUCACACUUUAGCCUUUCUUCUUUAUCUUUAACCUCUCUUC